AUGAAGCAGAGGAUGUCGCUGAACUCUCUUCUGGCGUCUGCCUUUCCUACUGACGGCCCUGAAAGCUCGACGGCUUCAGCACAUGGUCCAAUUCCAGACCUCUCAUCUACAAUCCUCCUCGAAACAUUCAUCCCUGGGUAUGGCCCAAUUCACAAGUUUCUGCUAUUUACCUUCGGUUUUGAUGUCACCGUCUUGGUCUCAUUUGCCGCCGCCCUCUGGAUAACAGCUAGAUUAGGUCGCUCAAUAUGGGCCAUAAUAUGGAGUGGGGUUAGCAACUACUUUAUGGCCGAGAUCACAGUCAGCAGCACAGAUGAGAUCCAUGGCCAUCUCAUUCAGUUCCUUGCUCAUCAAUACAAAAUUAGCUCAUCCCGGAGACUAAUGGCCGAGACUCCUUCCAAGAGCGCUUGGGAAAUGGAUAGCGAGGAUACAGGAACGCCAGAACCCACCGCUGAUGCUAAUGGCAACAUCAAGUGGCUUAACUUCUCCAACCAGGAAGCAAAGUCGCAACCGAGGUUUACACCAGCUAUCGGAUCUCAUAACUUCUGGCAUAAUAGUACAUACUUUCAACUUCGUCGAAAAGAAGUCUCCGUGCUCGAUGAACUAGGAGGCGGCGCAACAACAUUCAAAGACAAGGAAGUCUUGACACUUUCAUGUUUCGGACGUUCCACGGACCCAAUCAAGGCACUUAUCCAACACGCCAAAGAACAUUACCACUCGGGACACAAGGCAAAGACUAUCAUCAAGCGACCGGCACCGAAAGAUAUGAGGCGUUUUGGAGGGCGAGGAAGUUGGGUUAAAAUUGCAGAGCGACCAUGCAGACCUAUGAAAACCGUUGUUCUGGAUGAAGAGCGCAAGAUGGACGUUUUAGCUGAUAUUAACGAGUACCUUAAUCCGGCGACAGCAAGAUGGUAUGCCAACCGUGGUAUUCCAUAUCGGCGAGGAUAUUUGUUCUACGGCCCGCCAGGAACAGGAAAGACAUCCCUCACCUUUGCGCUAGCUGGUGUCUUUGGACUUGAUAUUCACGUAGUUUCUCUUCUCGAACCAACACUUACAGAAGAGGAACUUGGGAUGCUAUUUACCAAUCUUCCUGCUCGAUGUAUUGUUCUACUCGAGGAUAUUGACACCGCUGGUCUCGUUCGUAACGAACAAACAGAGGUCGAGGAGACCAAACCCCAGAUGAAUGGCGAAACGAAGAAUGACUUCAAUGUGGUUGAUCUGACAAAAGCUCUUAAGAAGGCGAAUCAACAGUCGGAAGAGGAGCGGAAGAAGGGAAUCUCGCUCUCUGGUCUUCUCAACAUCAUCGAUGGUGUCGCGUCUCACGAAGGUCGGGUUCUAGUCAUGACAACCAACCAUCCCGAGAAGUUAGACGAGGCUCUAAUUCGUCCCGGCCGCGUGGAUCACCAAGUCGGGUUCGACAACGCUACACAAACACAAGCCAAACAGCUUUUUGAGCGCAUGUAUAACAACGACCUUUCCCACACCAAGCUCAUCAUCAACACUCCUACUCCUCUUCCACCAGUUACUAACAACUUCAUCCUGACCCCCCCUGCAACGCCAACUAUAUCCAAGAUCACAAAUGGCCACCUCAACGGCUCUGCGAACGGAAGCAUAAUUCUGAGAGCUGCAGAUAAAGAAAUUGAUGAGUUGAAAGAAGGCGAGCUAGAGGACAUUGCAUCUUCGUUCGCGGAUAUGGUUCCUGAUGACGAGUUCAGCCCAGCUGAGAUCCAAGGUUUCCUUCUAAAGAGGAAGAAGGAUCCAAGGAAAGCUUUGCUGGAGGUGGAUAUGUGGGUACAGGGUAUGAUGGAGCAGAAGAAACGAGGGACGAAGCUAUUGAGGGUGCAAUAG